AUGAAGACUAAACGUGUUAAAAACUACAGGAGGACUAUUGACUUGUACGAUACUCAUUUUGGACUGAAAACUAAUCCACUUGAAAUACUGGUUGACAGUACUUUUGCACGACAAGCAUUAAUACAACAGCUUCACAUUGAGCAACAAUUCAAGUGUACACUUUCGUGCGAAUUUAUUCUGGUUACAUCAUCAUGUAUUAUUCUCGAGUGUGAAAAACUAGGUCAGUUGUUUUCCGGAGCACUACAAAUUAUUCAACAAUACAAAGUUCUGAAGUGUACACACAAAGUUCAUAAAGACACAUCUGCCUUUUCAUGCAUAAAAAGGAGAAUUCUCACUGCACGGUCAAAAAAAUGCUCCGAAACUAAGUCUAGAAAGGGUAGUUUGUUAUUUGCUCUAGCUUCUAAUGACGAGUUACUGCAACAGUAUGCCAGGACUGUCCCUGGAAUGCCGAUAUUCUUCAUUGCUCACAAGCGAAUCAAUUUGGAGUCUAUUCCUACUCCGGUUUCGUUAUUGCUUCAACAAAAGGCUACACGAGCACCGGACUUGACACUUUCGGAGUGUAGUAAAAUAAAACAAUUUUGUGACAGAUUUGGUUUUUCCGAAGAAAGUUUUACACGUAGGAAGAAGACCAAAGGACCCAACCCACUAUCGUGUAAGCAAAAAUUACACAAACCCUACAUCCUAAAAAGAACGACAACUAAACGAAAGCGAAAACGUAUCAAAAUGACAUGGGCAAUGAAGCAAGUCGUAGAACGUUUGAAAACAGAACAAAGUAGCAAAGAUGCGUGA